AUGUUGUUCAAACAAUCAGAAGGCACUUCCAACUCUUUUUCUUCGUCGGAAGAGGCCUCUUCUUCCUCAUCCAUGAGUGAUGAUCAAAAUACUAAUAACAAUAAUAAUACAAAUCAGAAUAAUAGUGAUCACGAAGAUCAACAUGAGGAUGAUGAAGGAAUUAAUAGGAGAAAAUCAUCAACUAGUUUUAGAAAAUUAGUGGAAAAGAGAAAGUAUGGAGUGAUGAAUGGAUCGGAAUUUUCUGAUCAAGUCUAUUCUUCAUCCUCUAUCAUUCAAUCAUUGAGUGCUAGUGGUAAAUUAAUUGGCCACAAGGGUUGUGUCAAUUCUAUCAAUUUUAAUGUGUCUGGUGAUUUGAUUGUAACUGGAAGUGACGAUACAACUGUAAAGGUGUGGGAUACUUGGACUGGAAAGUGUUUGAAAACAUUUGGUGGACAUGUUUCGAAUGUUUUUGCAGUUUCAUUCCUUAAUGGAAAUGAUAAUAUGGUGAUUAGCGGAGGAAAUGAUUCAGAUAUUCGUCUAUAUGAUGUGGAAAGGGGAUCAUGUACUGUUUUUCAACAUCAUAGAAAGAAGGUACUAAAAAUUGCAUGUCACUCUGCACUUCCAAGUUGUUUUAUGAGUUGUUCUGCUGAUGGAACCAUUCGUUUGUUUGACACACGUUGUAAAUAUGAAAAUUGUAAAAUAGAGCAGGAUUUAAGGUUAAACCCCAAUAUAAUAGAUGCCUACGAUCAUGAUAUGAAUGUUGCUCCUCAAUACAGUGGUGGAGGUAGAAAGAAUACAGUCAUUUCAAGAGAAGUUACUGAACCUUCAUUGAUUGUUGAUUUUGAAGGUGAAACCUUGUACAGUGUAGAUAUUAAUCCAUCUUGUUCGAAUGAGUUUAUUGUCUCAUCAGAACUUUCAGAUACUCGUUUAUUUGAUAUGAGAAAAGUUGGUAAUCAUUCAUACCAAUCCUACUUGAAUAUUUUCAGAAAUUUGGAAGUGGAGUCGGCUCCAGUUUCUGGUAGUAGUUUUUCAACGAAUGGACGCCAAAUUGUACAUACUCAUUUAGGAGAAAAGAUUUAUACCUUUGAUACGUAUCAUAAUUUUGAGAAGGAUGAAGGUCUUAAUUAUUCAGAUCAAGAAAAAGCAGAAUCAGAUGUAAAAUCAUACCAGAGAAGAUAUCGGUAA